UAACAAUCGAAUCAUGCCAAAUUCCAAAAGCAGGCACCCUCUCCAACUUUUGACUCUUAGCCAUUUGCUUUCCUCAGUUGAACAAGUCUUCCACUCGCAGCUACUGUGUCUUCACGCGUUCAGUGCACAGCUACCUUGCACCAUCUACUUGAUCUGAGAAGAGCGCUGCAGAUUUUUCAUCCAUAGUCAAGCUUUUCACCCAACUGUUGCGACCAGUCUCUUGCUUGGAUCAUGAAGUACCGUCGCCAACACAAAAGCCUAUUUUGCAUCUCGAUUCUCAGCCCUUUCUACUUCCUUCUUUUGCAGUGCUUCUCGACCGUCACCGCCAGUAAUUAUGCAGCGACUUACAACCCAACAGAUAACAUAGCUCUUGAUUGUGGCUCAUCUGGAAACUCAACUGCAUCAGAUGGCCGGGCAUGGACAGGGGAUAUUGGCUCAAUUUUGGCCACUUUGCAGCCUCUUGACACUACCAUAGCUGCUAGGGCCAUUCGCCAAGGUCCGGUUGAGGGCAUCCCUUACUUAACCGCUCGCAUGUCCUCUUCCCAAUUCACCUACACGUUCCUCGUCAGUGCCGGCCUAAAAUUUGUCCGAUUGUACUUCUACCCAAGUUGGUACCCAGGUUUCGAUAGGUCUAAGGCCUUGUUUUCCGUCAAAUCAGGGCCUUUCACUCUUCUCAGCAACUUUCGCGCUGAUCUUGUUGCUGAUUCUUUGGGCUUGGAAUAUUUUGUUAGAGAAUUUUGCAUCAACGUGGAGGAGAAUCAGUUACUGAAUUUAACAUUCAGUCCAUCUCCAAGUUCUUCAAAUGAUUCCUAUGCCUUUGUGAAUGGAAUUGAAAUCGUCUCAAUGCCCCACAACCUCUACUACACGCCAGCAGGUGCUGAUGGGAUCCCGUUUAUUGGCCAAACAUAUUUUUAUGAAAUUGAAAACAUCACUGCGCUUGAGACCAUGUACCGGUUAGACGUUGGAGGGCACUCCAUCUCCCCAACAGGAGAUUCCGGCAUGUUCCGAUUCUGGUCUGAUGAUAAUCAGUUUUUCAUGGGUGGAGGAGUAAUCCCUGACAAGGCAAAUAGUACAAUCAAAUACACAAAAGAAACCCCUGCAUAUAUUGCACCUGCAGAAGUCUACCAAACGUCCCGAUCAAUGGGUCCUAACAAGACGUGGAAUAUGAGGAACAAUCUGACAUGGGUAUUACCUGUUGAUUUGGGGUUCAGGUAUCUGGUCAGGCUCCACUUGUGCGAAACAAAUCCGGCCAUAACCCAGGUGAGCGAUAGGCAGUUCAUUAUUUAUAUAGAUGGUGAGAUGGUUGAUGAAGCUGCCGAUGCCAUUAUCUGGAGUGGCGGUAAUAGUAUACCGGCAUACAGAGACUAUCUUGCAAUGAUUGGAUUUGAAGGAACACAAGGUAAGUAUAACCUCUCUAUUGAUCUACACAGUCGAGCUGGCUUCAGUGCUUACGUUGAUGCAGUCUUAAAUGGGAUCGAAAUAUUUAAGUUAAACAGCACUACCGGCAGUCUCGCAGGACCCAACCCCGAACCUCCCAAAAACAUAUUUCUGACUGAGCCAUCUCAACUGACCAUAAAAGGAUCAUCAAAUAAGAAAACAACGUUCAUUGCUGUGGGUGUGAUUGUCACGGUCGGGUUAGUAUUGCUGUCACUGCGACUUUACACCAUGUUCCGGCUACAAAGGGAGUCCAAGGACCAUGGCUACAAAUUGAAGUUUACCGAGACAAAAGCCUCACUGCUUCCGUGGGAAAUCUGUCUCCAGUUUUCGAAAGCCGAGACGAAAGAAGUCACCCACGUGUUAAAGCUGUGCAUCAACGUCCAUCUGCAUUCAAAGCAGUUUUUUCCCAUCUUCUUGAUGUUCUUACAACACGUGAUUGCUCCCAUGCAGAAGAACUCAUGCAGAUACCUGGUCAUUCUCACCUUUGUUUACUCCUCCUUCUUCCAUGGCCAUCUAGCAAUUGCAGCAACCUCUGAUUUGUCGCCAUCUCGGUACUACCCCACCGACAUCAUCCUCCUGAAUUGUGGCAGCUCCGGCCACUCGACAGCGCUGGAUGACCGAGGAUGGAUGGGAGAUGUUGGCUCAAAAUUCACGUCAUCACGGCUUUUAAACCAGACAUCAGUAUCAGCCAAAGCCCCUCAUAGCCAUGGCUUCUCCAUCGAUCCCGUUCCCUACAUGACUGUUCGGUUCUUUCGCUCUCAAUUUACCUACACGUUUCAUGUCAAGCCAGGCCAGAAAUUCAUACGCUUGCACUUUUACCCAGUUUCGUUCCCAGGUUUCGAGAGGUCUGAGGCCUUCUUCUCUGUAAAAGCCGGUCCUUAUACUCUCCUUAGCAACUUCAGUCCUUCCCACACUGCUGAUGCGUUGGGGGUAAAAGUUUUGGUUAAAGAGUUCUCUGUAAACAUAAAUGACAAUCAGAGAUCCAUCAACAUUACUUUUCUUCCCUCUUCAAAUGCCCGGAAAGAUGCUUUUGCGUUUAUCAAUGGCAUUGAGAUUGUGUCUAUGCCAGCCAAUCUUUAUUACACUCGCUCCAGGGAUAUUGACGUCUCUUCCUCAGGCCAUCAGCAUGAUUUCCUUAUCAAGAAGAACACUGCUCUUGAGGCAGUUCACCGAUUAAACGUUGGCGGGAGCUAUAUUUCACCGAAUAAUGAUUCUGGCAUGUUCAGAAGCUGGUUGGAAGACACCAAUUACUUGUUAGAAUCAGGUGGUGUCCUGGUUAACACUACUCUGAGGAUCAGAUCCACAAGGAUACCCAAUUACAUCGCACCUGCCCAAGUCUACCGGACGGCGCGGUCGGUGGGCAUGGAUAAAGAAGUGAACAUGAGGUACAACCUAACAUGGAAACUCCCUGUGGAUCCUGGAUUUAAGUACCUUGUCAGGCUCCAUUUCUGCUCGUUUCAGGGUCAGACAAAGAAGAGCGGCAAUAGGAAGUUCCACAUCUAUAUAAACAAUGAGACAGCGGAGGCUAAUGCUGAUGUAAUCACUUGGAGCGGCGGCAAUGGAAUUCCGAUCUAUAGAGAUUAUGUUGUGUUUAUUCAGAAGGGUAAUCCUCACCUCGUUAUAGCUUUGCUUCCUAAUUCUGAUUCAAAGACUCGGUAUUCCGAAGCAAUACUAAACGGGUUGGAGAUCUUCAAAAUAAAGAAAUCUGAUGGUAGCCUUGCCAGACCCAGUCCUGUACCCCUCCCCUUUCCAGCACCACAGCCAGCAAUUUUUUGGCAUUCAAGUCGAUUCAUUGCCAUUGGUUGGAGUGCACUAGGUGGUGUAGCUCUACUCUCUAUAAUAGUUGUCAUUGUACUCUGUUGGCGGAGGCUGGGAAAGAGCAAAAAGAGAGAAGUCCUUUCCGUGCCGAAAGAACAGUGUCGCCAAUUUUCACUCGCCGAGAUUCGAGCUGCCACCAAUAAUUUUAAUAAAGCUCUGGUAAUUGGAGAGGGUGGCUUUGGUAGAGUAUUCAAAGGUUACAUCAAUGGGGGAGAAACUCCUGUUGCUAUUAAAGUGUUGGAACCGACAUCAGAGCAAGGAGCCCAUGAGUUCUGGACGGAGAUAGAUAUGCUAUCAAGGCUCCGUCAUCUCCAUCUAGUCUCUCUUAUAGGCUAUUGCAACCAUCCCCAAGCGAUGAUCCUCGUAUACGACUAUAUGGCCCAAGGAAGCCUCCGUGAUCAUCUUUAUAAAACAGAUAAGGCUCCAUUGACAUGGAAGCAGAGGCUCGAGAUCUGCAUUGGUGCUGCUCGGGGACUGAAGCACCUACAUCAAGGCUCGGAGCACAAAAUCAUUCACCGUGACAUCAAGACCACAAAUAUUUUGUUAGAUGAGAAGUGGGUGGCCAAGGUUUCUGAUUUUGGGUUGUGUAAGGUGGGGGCGGCUAAUAUGUCAAAAAGCCACAUAACUACGGAGGUCAAGGGUACCUUCGGAUAUUUAGAUCCAGAAUACUAUUGGAGCCAGAAACUGACAGAAAAAUCUGAUGUUUAUGCAUUUGGGGUGGUGUUGUUUGAAGUGCUGUGCGCGAGACCGGCUGUGGAUAUGGAGCUUGAAGAGGAGCAGCACAGUCUUGUACAGUGGGCCAAGCACUGUGUAAAGAAGGGAACCCUCGAACAGAUCAUUGACCCUUAUUUGAUGGGAAAGAUUGCGCCAGAAAGUUUGAAGGUGUUCGCCAAUAUAGCUUAUAGAUGCGCGCUGGAUCAAAGACUUAAACGCCCCAAAAUGGCCCAUGUAUUGAACAACCUUGUGCGAGCUCUGGAGUUGCAGCAGAGCGCGGAUGAUGGGGAAUUUGAUAGCAAGCCUGGUGGAGCUUACAGUGAAAAACUUGAUGAGACGGUAUGCUUGUGUCCAAGAGAAAUUGAGCUCUUGUCAAUACCAUCAAGAGCAGAAAGUCUGGCAUACACAUGCCCUGCCCUUUGGCAGAGAAGUAUGUCUCCCAAAGUACUCAUCAGAUUUUUAAGCGACAAGGCUGGAAUCAAACGACCUAGACCAUCUCCUUCUGAAUACCAGAGGAUGCCACACGAUCAUGGACAAGCGCAAAAUGAAGGUACCACUAUACUGCGAACAUCGCCGAAUGUUUUCUGAGGUCUUAGGCUCCUGCUUUUUUCUGUUGGGACUUCUGUUUCUUUUGUGGCGUGUAAAUUAAGUUAAUAAAAAUGUAGUUGUGAAAUGGAGUUUUUAGUAUAAAUUCAGAACGAUAUUUUGAAAA